AUGCCCCCAUUAGAGGAAGAUGAGGAUUACUUUCUUCCCCUCGAGGACCAGCGCGUCUUCGGCGCAGGAAUACGCCGCAAGCGCGUGCCGUUCGUUUUGUCCUCGGAGCAAGAACUGAGUACGACUACGUCGACACUACCAUCCAAGCCGUCAGGUUCAAGCAUCGCAGACGCAUACCUCUCGAUCGUCCUGAAGAACAAGUCCGCAAAUACAUCACCGAAUGCACCCAUAGGAGAACAAGAGCGAGAACGAGAAUCCAUUCCUCCCCGCGCAACAUACUCCGCACCACCAACUUCAAGCGCUGUCUCAUCUCCACCUCCACCAGUGCAAUCCAAGGACCACUGUGAAAUAUGUAAUUUACCACUUUCGUCAGACCCCUCAAACGCCGACACAGGGACAUCGACAGACCGGCCACACGAGGCCUCCCUCGCCCAUCAAGUUUGCCUUUCUCAUUCCCACCCUCCAUCACAUCUUGACCGUUCUCGCGCUGGUCUACGCUACCUUGCCACAUACGGUUGGGAUCCGGACAGUCGCAAGGGACUCGGUGCGCCAGGUCGAGAAGGUAUAAGAGAGCCAUUGAAAGGCCGUAUGAAGAACGACACUGCUGGUCUGGGUGCGGGGAUGGAUGAAGACGGUAAUCGGAUAAAGCCACCAUCUCCGCCGCCUAAGGUGCAGAAGUUAAAUGCAAAGCAGGUUCGAAAGGCCCAGCUAGACUCGCGGAAGAGGGGGGAGAAAUUGCGGAAUAUGUUCUUUCAGAGUGAUGAGGUGCUGAAGUACCUCGGGGAAGAGGCAUGA